AAACUCACCACAGCAUAUCAAACACUUUUUUUCUAUAUAUAAAAAAAAAAAUUUCAUCAAUGGCAGAGCAACAACAGAUACAGCAGGCGAUCCAGCUGCCGCCACGGUCCCACCAGGUAGUGAAGGCAGCUACUGCAGCCACUGCUGGCGGAUCCUUCCUACUUCUCUCUGGCUUGAUCCUUGUUGGGACCGUCAUUGCACUCACCAUAGCUACUCCAUUGCUGGUCAUUUUCAGCCCCGUUCUUGUUCCUGCGGUUAUCGCAGUUGGUCUCAUAAUCACGGGGUUCCUGGCGUCUGGUGGUUUCGGUGUUGCAGCUAUCUCCGUCUUGUCAUGGAUCUAUAGGUAUGUUUCUGGGAAGAAGCCACCAGGGGCAGAAAGUCUAGACCAGGCACGCAUGAAGCUGACAGGGAAGGCACGAGAAAUGAAGGACAGGGCCGAGCAGUACGCUGGUCAACAAACAUCUUAGAAGUGUCUCCUCAUCCCAUCUCUGCCUGCUUGAUGGAGAAACAUAUUCAUAUAGAUGUAUAAUCAAAGAUAAGGGUGGAGACGCAUAAAAUGGAGGAGUUGCAAUCAACUCCAGUCAAGGCCAUUGCUUGUGUAGAGUUCUUUUUGUUUUUGGGUUACCUGCUCGUGGAUGGAUCUUUUGUGUGUGUGUGUCUAAAAAUAAUUUCUUGUCAGGAGCUGUCUGCAUCCUUAUAAUGAAGUCUUAUUUCUUGGUUUGUGUAGUAA